AUGAUGGACGAUGACGACGAUGAUGGCAACUUCACAAAAUGGAUGAGCAGUUACUGGGGCCAUGGAGGAGAAUCUGGCCACUCCAAAGAAAGAAAACGCAGUUUCAGAAGACCUGCAAGAGCACAAGCUGAUCGAAGAGGAUCGCUCCCAACUGUGUCACAAUUAGACGCCAUGAAGUUGAACCGGAUUCACGCAGCGACGAUGGCGGCCGCCCCUAGCCACAUUAAAACAAGAGAGGAGAAAGGGGAAGUGAGGCCCCACCAGAGAGCUCGUCGUUCCUCCUCAGACGACAACAGCCGUCCCAAGUCAGCCAUCCCCGAGAACCGCAUCACCACGAUCCCAGAGCUCGCAGAGUCCUUCGAGAAGAGACUUUACCUCCGUGAUAAGAAAGCUGUUGAUGACAAGCUGUGCCUGAUAUGUCAUGAGGACAUGCGUAAGAAUGGAGGGACAGUUCAAGAGCUGCACUGUACACACCGCUUCCACAAAGAGCAUGUGAGAUAUCACCCCUCGCUGCAUGAAGGCAGUUCAUUCCUGGACAUGCAUGAUGUGAAAUGGCGGCUCGGAGGUCAGAGCAGUGUCGGCCCAGCAGCAGCAGCGAAGCGGCCGAUUGUCAGGCGAGGAGACCCUCGGGUGGGAGGAGGAUGUCUGCAGAUGGACCCAUCUCCAUGGAGAAGGAGCAGCACUCACUCCGUCGUCAACUCUCCCUGCGGAGACAUCGCUGAUAUCAUUUUGAGGAAGGAUUGCAUGGAGCAGUGGCUGUGGAAGAAACAGACGUGUCCCACAUGCCGCAUCCACGUGUCCAUGCCGAAGCCCCUCUACUGGUCAUCGUCCCGCAUCCAAGUCCCAUAA